AUGCAUUUCCUACAUCUCUCGACAAUCGCAGCUUUCGCUGCUGGCGCAUCUGCUUGCCAGCGCGAUCUCGUUUUGGGCAAGCGACAUACACAUCGCCAGCCACUGACCAAGCGCAAUGCCGAUUGGCCUCCAGUCUUGACGGAGCAAGAAACUCUCCUUGUCAAUUCUUUUGACAAUUCAUCCAUUGACAAGUGGUCUGACUACUACGGCCACCAGAAUAAGUUGGCCGGCUAUGGAAAAGAAGCUGCCCAGUGGACCGCUGAUCGUUGGUCCGAGAGUGGAUUUGAUGCGCAUCUGGCCGAGUACCAUGUGUUCCUCCGAUAUCCAGUCAGUUCAUCUCUCUACUUCACCGGCCCCAACGGUACAACCACAGAGGUGAACACCAAGGAGGAGGUGCUUGAGGAAGAUGAUGUUACAGGCUGGGAUGUGCUUUCACAGCAGACCUGGUUGGCCUACUCGCCAACCGGAAAUGCUUCUGCCGAAUAUGUCUACGCGGGCCGAGGCUCAAUUGACGAUUUUGAUCGACUAGUGGAGCUUGGGGUUGAUUUCAAGGGCAAGAUUGCUCUUAUCAAAUAUGGUGGUCUGUUCCGUGGUCUCAAAGUCAAGAAUGCCCAAGACCACGGCGCCAUUGGUGCCAUUAUUUUUACCGACCCCGGCGAUGAUGGAAAUAUCACCGUUGCCAACGGUUACGAGGCUUAUCCUGAUGGCCCUGCCAGAAACCCCAGCUCUGUCCAAAAGGGCUCAACACUAUUCCUGUCUACCCGUACCGGCGAUCCCACAACUCCUGGCUACCCCUCGAAGAAGGACUCCCCUCGAGCUGAUAUCUCCGAGGUCAUUGCCAAGAUCCCAGCUCUGCCGAUUUCUUACUCGGCCGCUCAGCCUCUGCUGCAGGCUCUCAAUGGCCAUGGUGUCACCGCUGAGAAGGUCAAUCGCACUGCUUGGACAGGCGGCCUCGAUGCUGACUACAGCUCUGGCCCUGCGCCUGGCGUGAAGCUCGCUCUCAGCACCGUCUCUCGUGAUUCCAUCGAGCCAGUACACAACGUCAUUGGCGUUAUCAACGGAACCAAUGCCGAUGAAACCAUCAUCAUUGGAAACCAUAGAGAUACAUGGAUGGUCGGCGGUAACGGAGAUCCCAACUCUGGUUCUUCGAUCCUCAUUGAGCUUGCUCGCGCAUUCAAGAAGCUCACUGAUUCAGGCUGGAAGCCCAAGCGAAACAUUGUUCUCGCAUCUUGGGAUGCUGAAGAAUGGGGCAUCAUUGGCUCUACUGAGUGGGUUGAGGAGCACGUCAACUGGCUCACUGACACCGCCGUCUCAUAUCUGAACAUCGAUGUCGCCGUCAGCGGUCCUCGACCUAACCUUGGCGCAUCACCUGAGCUUCAUACUUUUGCUACUGAGGUUCUCAAGAAGGUCGUUGAUCCCAACUUUGGUGGCUUCAAUCAAUCGCUCUAUGACGCUUGGCAUGCUGCCAGUGAGGGUGAUAUUGAGAUCCUCGGCUCUGGCUCUGAUUACACAGCUUUUUUCCACCGUGGUAUCAGCUCUCUUGAUACUGGAAGCAGUGGAGGUGCUGGUGACCCCAUCUGGCACUAUCACUCCAACUACGACACCUAUCACUGGAUGUCGACCUUUGGUGACCCCGGAUUCCAUGUCCAUACGGCUCAGGGUCAAUAUCUUUCCCUGCUGGCUUACCACCUGGCUACUGAUGAUAUCCUUCCAUUCGACACUCAGAACUACGCCAAGGAGCUUCGUGCAUACUUCGAGGACCUCUCAGAGUAUGCCGAGAGUAAGGACGCCGAUCUUGAUCUUAGCGAGCUGGACGAAGCCAUUGAGCACUUCAAGAAGAGUGCUGAUGAGGUCAAGGCUCUUGAGAACCUAGCCCGUGAGCGCGACGAUGAUGUCCUUAAGAAAGUCGUCAACCAUAAGUACCGCGACUUCCAGCGAGGUUUCAUUUCUCAAGGCGGCCUGCCGGACCGCGACUUCUACAAGCACGUUGUCAAUGCUCCUGGCCUCGACACUGGCUACGCUGCCGUUACCUUCCCUGGUAUCACCGAGGGUGUUCAGUAUGCUGAGGACGGUGACUUCUCUGUGGCUCAAGAAUGGGUCAAGAAGACUGCGCGUGGUAUUGUUGUUGCCGCCAACAUCUUGAAGACAUAA